AUGGUGACGCGCCCCCUAACCCUCCCCCAGGCCGGGGUGUCCCGCAGCACGUGGCCAGUCUUCAUCACGGUGAGGGAGGUGAAGGCUGCCCCAAUGGCCUUCCCCAAGACCCACUACUCAGCCGUCCUCUACCUGCCAACCUACCCUGGUGUGAGGGUGUUCUGCCUGGGCCGGGAGGAGCAGCCACGCCACCACGUGGAUGUGAAUGAUAUCACCGAUAUUUCAUAUUCCAUCGCUGCCGGUGACGACAGAGAAAACUUUGUGUUUGACAACGUGAGCAAGUGUGUCAAGGUCCAGGACCAGUACAGCCUCAAGCCUCAGUACAACCUCACCCUCCAGGCCAGCGACGGGGCCGCCUCGUCCACGGCAACAGCAGAGAUUAUAAUUGAUGAAGCGCCGCUGUCUACUCUGGUCUUCACUCAGGACCAGUACUGGGCCAACGUCAUUGAGAACUCCACUAAGGAGAUGAAUGUUGCUGCCCUGGGAGUGAAGGGUCAGCCGCUCAACCAUCACGUCCGCUACUCAAUUCUCAACUCAAACAUUAAAUUUGAAAUCCACCCGACCGCUGGCGUCAUCAAGACCACCGGCAAGUCCUUUGACCGGGAGGCAGAGGACCACUACACGCUGGUGGUGGAGGCGCAGGACAUUGAGGGCACAGCAAACGUGGCCCAUGUGCUGGUCCACGUGGCGGUGAUGGACGUGAAUGACAACGAGCCGGUGUUCCUCAACCAGCCCUUCCACGCCCUGGUGUCCACCGUGUCUCCGCGCAGCCACGUGGUCACUAAGGUGCAGGCAAUAGACGCUGACUCUGGGGAGUUCGGAAGUGUCCGCUACGAGCUGGUGCGAGGCAGCGGUGAGCUCUUCGCCGUGAAUAAGAAGACGGGUGAAAUUUCCCUGAAGCAGACCCUGAUGGCGGCCGACAAGACCUACAGCCUCACCGUUGCUGCCUACGACGGGGGAAAGCCUCCCCUCAGCUCACAGGCCCAUGUCCUCAUAAGGGUGGUGUCUUCUGAAGGGCCAAUGUUCACCGCCGCACGGUACGAGGCAGCCGUGCCAGAGAACGCCGCCAAGGGCACGCCCGUUGUAAGGGUGGAGGCCGCUAGCCCUUCCGGGGAGCCCAUCAUGUACACCAUUGUGGCCGGCAACACUGAGGAGCUGUUCGGCCUCGACUAUUCCACAGGCGUCGUCCAGACCACUGCCCUGCUGGACUACGAGGCCUCCGCCAGCCACAACCUGACGGUGCGGGCGCGGGACCCCUUCACCGGGGGCCACACGGACACCCACGUCACAGUCGCAGUCACGGACGUCAAUGACAACCCGCCGGAGUUCAGCCGUUCCGUCUUCAAGGGAGACGUGUCGGAGGCUGCAUCACCAGGCCACGUGGUGCUGCAGGUCUCGGCAAGUGACGUGGACACGGGGCCGGGCGGUUCAGUGCGCUACUCGUGUGUCAUGGAGUGUGGCAGCUUUGAGGUGCGUGCCCUGGACGGUGCCGUCACACUCACCAAGGAGCUGGAUGCAGAGACUGAGGCUCAACACGUGCUGACUGUGCUGGCCACGGACUCAGGCAUACCCCAGCUCUCCUCCACCGCCACAGUGGUUAUUGACGUUGUGGACUUCAACGACAACCCUCCAGCAUGGCGCCAGGACAGCUACUCCUGCCUCGUGUCGGCCGAGGCCCAGCCCGGCCAUGUGGUCACCUCGGUGUCUGCCACUGACCCAGACGCUGGUCAGGUCACGCCGCUCAGUUAUGCCAUUCACUCGGGAGACCGAGACGCCAUCUUCAAAAUGGAUCAGCUGACUGGUGUGUUGACGGUGACGGCCCCACACAAGCUCAAGGACGUGGCCUCCCUCACCCUGAACCUGUCUGUGAGUGACGGGGUGCACGCGGCCUUCACCGGCCUGCACGUCUCGGGGCUGGCCUCCAACCACCACGCGCCGAGGUUUAAUCGCACUCUAUAUGAAGCUUACGUGGAGGAAAAUUCAUCUCCUGGCCAGCUAGUCAUCAACCUGGUGGCCACGGACCUUGAUGCCUGGGACCUGGGCAAGCUGCAGUACACCAUCCUGCACCAGACUUCAGAGGGAGCCUUCACCGUGGACAAAGAAGGCAACCUAUACACUGAGACACCUCUGGAUCGCGAGUCCCUGCCUGUGCACAGCCUCAAGGUGUCUGUGAUGGACGAGGGGGGCCGGGCCAGCUUCACGGCGGUGCGUGUGACGGUCCGCGACAAGAACGACAACCCACCAGUCUUCACGUUGCCGGAGUAUCAGGCGAACAUCAACACUGACUUGGCUCCCAGGACAACCAUUCUCAAGGUCGAGGCCAGUGACGCAGAUGAAGGGGCAAACAGUGAAGUGAGAUACCGCAUGUAUGAAGCCAACAGUUCUGAGGCGCUGGAGCUCUUCUCGGUCAACCCCACCACCGGCGAGGUCACCGUGGCACAGACCAUCCACAGCCGAGAAAAUGAGGUGUACCAGUUUUUCAUCCGUGGCGAGGACAGCGGCUCCCCCCAGCACCACUCCGACGUGCCCGUCACCAUCUUCCUGCUGCCCCCUCAUGAGAACCCCCCGCACUGCGCCAGGAAGUAUGCACAGUUCUUCAUCAGGGAGGACGCCCCCAUCGGCAAUGUGAUCACGUCCCUGUGGAUGGCGGGGCCACAGUCAGUGCAGUACCUGAUCAUGGUGGACGAGGGCAUGAAGGCAGCCAGUGAGGAGAGGGAGUCUGGGGAGAGUUCAGGGCCCUUCACCGUGACCUCCACUGGCCUGGUGGUGGUGCACAGGGCCCUGGACCAUGAGCGGCGACGCACACAUCGCAUCAGCGUCACCAACCGUACACUGACCACGCCGCCCACGGUGGACUACAUGACCAUCUCUGUGGUGGUGAUGGACGUGAAUGACUGCCCUCCACGCUUCUCUGAGUCCGGCUACACAGCCCUGGUGGCCGAGAACAGCGAGGUGGGCGCCACCGUCACCAUCCUCACGGCCACUGAUGACGAUGAAGGAAACCAUGGCCAGGUAAAUGUUGCCUGUGUCUCCAUGUUAUUUUCAGUCCAUGAAAACAUUCCCCAGAAUAAAUUAUUAAAUGUCUGCUCUGCUCUCUGCUCUUCCCUCCUCAGAUCCAGUACAGCCUCGGCCACAUUGAUCCACACACCGGGACGCUGA